AUGUCAAAAGGAAUCUACAAACCCUUGAAUUUGGUCAGGAAAGUGACCAAAACAGCAAGGAAGGCCAAAAUAAUCAAUUUAACGGAAACCCAUCUGAACUUCAAAGAAACUACCCAGCAAUCUACAUUCGUGCAAGACAGUGGUGAAGAGCUAACGGAGUCUUCAAGCACAAGGAACGUCAUUGAGUUCAAGUUGGAUGAUAAAACCUCUAAGAACCUGAUCAAUCGCUCGGUUAUGUCGGCUCAUAAAUUGGGAUCACAUAUCUAUGCGACUUUUUGCCUUGACCAGCUCGUCCCCACCGCCACCCCGACACCUCACCUCCUCCGGGCUCACGGGAAGGACGCCAAGUCAGACAGCGGGGAAGAUGGCGUCACUUGUCAGAGCAGCAGCACUCGCCUCCUCCUGGAGCCAGCCCGGGUUGCACUCAAGUCGUGGGUCCCCAAGCAGCUCCCAGGACCGACCCAAGGCAGCGUAGAAAAUCGGCCAAUUCCCGCACUGGCACGACCCGGCGACCCGAACUGGCGCGCCCGCACUUCCGGUAACUGCGGAAGUCCCGCCCUCAGAUACACUUCACAACCCACAGUCCGGAAGCCCCGCCCCACACCCAACGGCUGCGGACGCUCUUCCCUGAUUUCCUUCGCACAGUCCCACGAGCCCAUCGCGCGCGGCCGGUCUCCUGUUUCGGCUUGCGGCUGUGGCGCGGGUUCCUGGCGGCCUCCACUGUGGCCUAGCUGUGAGCAGAGCCAAGACCCAGCGAGUGACUGCGGGAGAACGAGUAUGCCGCCCCCUGGUGGCCUAAGCAGGCCCAGCACUUCCCCUGCUGACUUGCUGGGUACCACUUCUCCGGCAGCUCUGUGGGAGCCCUGCUAUCUGGCUGCAGGAGAGUCUGAUGGAGAUGGAACUAUUAAUAUUUCAGCUUAUCUGCAGAAGAUGACUCACCCAGUUUCCUUCUGA